GAACGCAAAUAAAUUUAAAAAAAUUCGGUGGUGUUUCAUGGAUUAGCAAUUAAUUAAUUGCAUGGAGUUUUAUUUACUUUCCGAAAAUGACAUCAAUUGUGACUGAAGUUUUACUUAAGCUAAAAGCGGCUGGAAAGUCUACUAGAGAAAGUAUUGAUCUCAAAAUUCAAGAUCUGAAGCGAAGACUAGACUUUAUUCAAGUAGAAGUUCAAGGGCAGUUGAAAAAUUGUUAUGUAGAUUUUCUUCCUCAGUAUAUCAGAAUUGAAAAUAUCAUCGACAGAUUUGAAGGAAUUAAUGCUGAAUAUGAAGCUCUGCAUCAAAAAAUUGAAAAAGAAAUUAAACCUCAAAUGAGCCAUUCUGUCACAGAAUAUCAAGAUGUAAUAGAAGACCUGAAAAACAUAAGAACAUUGAAACAAAAUUUACUGAAUAUUUUCUCACUUCAUGAACAUAUAGAGUGUGCAAGGAAAUUGAUCUCAGAGUCUACCUUGGAUGCUGUUAAAAGUCUUUUAGAAUUCGAAAGGGUUUUCAGUUCCAUUGAACCGGAUAAGAAGCAAGAUAUUGCAAUUAUUUGUGCGAUUAGAAGGGAAUAUUUUGUUGUUAAGGAGGAUAUUAUUUACCGCUUGCAAAAAAUAUGGAGGCAGAAACUUGUUAUUAAUUAUAUAAACGAUGGUAAAAAUAAAAAAAUGGUCAUGUUGACAUGCGUGAAAAAUUCAGAUAAUGACCAAGAGUUGUUGAAAUCAUUGAAAUUGCUGAAAACUUUGAGGCCUAUGUUGAAGGAAUUUGGCAAACAGUUCUUGGAAAUGAUCUGCAGAACACUAAUAUUAAAUGAAGUAAAAAUUGAGCAAAAUGAAGACACAUCUUUAGUUUUGACUAUUACAAUUGUUAAUGAGCAAAGCCCCACACCCGGUAUAGUGCUUGAAAAUGUGAAAAAUGUGAUUUCUUUCCUCGACGCAUGUUUGUUUCAUCACCCUGUAGACAUGCUUGAAAAUGAUGUACAUGUAACUGUCAUGAAUGAGUUUGGUUUGGCCAUACAGGAAGAUUUUUGUAAUGUAAUUAUUGAAGACUGCUUAAAAGCAUCUGUUCCCAGCCAAACAAAACAACUAGAAGCAUUUCACAAUGAGAUGGUUGUCACAGAAAUUUUUUGCAAUGACCUGUUAGCAAUAGGAUUUUUUCCAAAUUCAGAAAAUAAACUUGUACAAUUCAUUCACAAUGUCGACACUUUGCCAGUGAAUAAAAUGAUGCAAAAUAUUUUGAGCAGAGCUCGAUCUUUAAUGAAGCAAAGUUUGCACCAGACUGUCACCGUUGGAAUAGAACCUGCACCUGCUGCUAAAAUUGAAAAUCCUCAUGAUUUUAAUGAAAUGGCUAAAGCAAAAAGUGGCCUUAGUAAAUCAACUUUUGAAUUUCCUCGUUGCCAAAUCAGUUCAUGUGUGCAGGAUCUAGUACAUCUUCUGAAAGAAAUAAAAGAUGAAGCAAAAAAUUUUGGUCCAGUACAUUCAUCCAGACUGUACUACUGUGCUCGAAGUAUAUGUGAACUUUACUGCUGUGUUGUACCCACAUAUCAUAAAGAAGAAAUUGAAAAUAUUCCACAACAAACAGGUAUUUAUCACAAUAACUGUAUGUACUUGUCUCAUCGCCUUUGCACUCUUGGAAGUCUUUAUGAAUGUGAGCUAGAAACAUCAAUUCAAAUGACUUUUGUGGAUCUUGUGCAGGAAAUUCGAAAGCUUGGUACUGAAGCAUUUUUAACACAGUUAAGAAGACAGAGGCAGCAACUUUUUCAACUGUUGCAGGAAGAGGAAGCUCUUCAAAGUACAGCAUUUGAAACUGGAGUUGUUAAUAAAUCAGAAAAAGUUAUUAGACAAUGCUUGUGUCAACUGCAACUGCUAAAAAAAGUCUGGUGUGAGGUUUUACCAACUGAGGUUUAUUUUAAAGCAAUUGGAACUUUACUUAACACAUGCUUUGAAGAAAUAACAUUACGUGUUCUGGCUAUGGAAGACAUUGCCGAAGAAGCUGCUGCACAAAUGGACAGCACUUUUGAUAUACUUAUUAAGAAAGGACCUGAUCUUUUCCAGGUUCCAACUGCUGACAAAAGUAAUGUUGUGCAUUUGUAUGUAAAAAGAUGGUUCAAAAUUCAAGAGUUGCAGUUAGUUUUGCGGGCAAGUAUGCGAGAAAUCGUAGAUCGAUGGGCCAGUGGAAAAGGACCUUUGGCCACACAUUUCACAGCGGAAGAAGUAAAGCAUUUAAUCCGAGCAUUGUUUCAAAAUACUGAAAGAAGAGCUGCUGCUUUAGCAAAAAUUAAAUAGCUUAUGUGGUACAUGUUAAAAUAUUUUUAAAAAUAUUUUUGUCAGUUAAUUUUUUA